AUGGCAUUCAAACCGGCACAACACAUCGACAUCCUAAUCGUCGGCGCCGGCUUUGGUGGAAUCGGUCAAGCCUACGCACUGCGCAACUUAGGACUCUGUAUUAAAGUGAUCGACUCCCUUCCCGACGUUGGCGGAACAUGGCUCACGAACAUCUACCCCGGCGCCCUGAGUGACACGGAGAGCUUUGUGUAUCGCUUCUCGUGGGAUGCGGAAGAUUUGCAAACUUAUCCUUGGAACAGGCGGUAUCUGCGACAGCCUGAGAUCCUGGCGUACUUGAGGCAUUUCGUCGAGAGGCAUGAUCUCCGCAAGUAUAUGCAGUUUAAUACGGAGUUGCAAUCGGCUAAGUGGAUGGAGGAGACUGGGGUCUGGGAGGUUAGGGUCAAUACGGGGGAGAUUUACUGGUCACGCUAUUUUAUUCCUGCGAUGGGGGUCUUGUCCAAGCCGAAUUUCCCUGACAUUCCUGGGAUCGAGUCCUUCAAAGGACGGAUCACGCAUACAUCCCAUUGGCCCGCGGAUUUGGACGUAACCAAUAAACGCGUUGGUGUCCUAGGCUGCGGCGCCAGCGGUGUCCAAGUCAUCACCAACAUCGCACCACACGUCUCGUCAUUGACUGCAUUCAUCCGACGCCCGCAAUACACCCUACCCAGCAAUGACAGACCAAUCAGUCCGGCAUACAGGAUCUGGGUGAACAAACAUUACGACCAAAUCUGGGCACAGCUCAAGACCUCCUUUGCCGGCUUUGGCUACGUCGAGUCCAACCGUCCAUAUUUCUCCGUGGAUCCUCACCGUCGCGAACAACUCCUCGAAGAUCUCUGGAACAACGGCAACGGGCUCCGUUUCAUGGUCGAGCAUUUCUGCGACAUCACUACCAACGCGGAUGCCAACGAUGCGAUAUGCGACUUUAUCCGCAGGAAGAUCUACCAGAUCGUGAACGACCCGGAAAAGGCGCGCAAGCUCAUUCCCAACGAGCGCUUCGCGAGACGGCCCAUCUCCAACGAUGGGUACUACGAGACCUUCAACCGCGAGAACGUGUCAAUUGUGGAUCUGAAGGAGACCCCAAUUGAAGAAAUCACGACUGAUGGUAUACGCACCGCAGAUGGAAUCUGCCACACCCUCGACGUGAUUAUCCUCGCUACCGGCUUCGACGCCGUCGAAGGCAAUCUCAUCCGUGCUGAUAUAGUGGGCCGUGACGGCAUCGCCCUCAAGGAUGCAUGGGCUAAAGGCCCAAAGUCCUACCUUGGUAGCUUCGCUGCCGGGUUGCCGAAUAUGUUCAUGGUAAACGGGCCCAAGGGUGCUUUUGGGAAUGUCAUUCCGGCAAUCGAGGCUAGUGUUGAGUUUAUCACGAAUGCUAUCCAGCGUGCUGAGUGUGCCAGAACGGAGCAUGGUUCUAGGGGAAUUGUGGAGGCCACGCUUGAGGCAGAAGGUGAGUGGGGUGAGAGAUGUGAGCAAGCUUCGAAAGGGAGCCUUUUCAGUGAGGUGAAGGGCUCUUGGUUGAGUGGGGGAAAUGUCCCGGGAAAGCCAGUCGGGGUGCGGACGUAUCUUGGUGGGCUGGGUAAUUAUAGGGCCAUGGGGAAUAGUGCUACGAAGGAUGCGUGGAAGGGAUUCGAACUAUUUUAG